CCCCGCCCACCCCGGCACCUCAUAUCCCUUCAGUCUUUCUUUAUACACCACCACCUUUAUUACAGACGAGGGUAGACUCAUAUGACCGUUCAGGAUGGGAAUUAAAGGAUUAUACCAGACGAUUGCGGAUAACGCGCCAAAAGCAAUCAAGCAGAAUGAGAUUAAGAAUUUUUUUGGUCGGAAGGUUGCGAUUGAUGCGUCAAUGUCGCUAUAUCAGUUCCUGAUAGCAGUACGCCAGCAAGACGGUCAGCAGCUCAUGAACGACUCUGGCGAGACGACGUCGCAUCUGAUGGGCAUGUUCUACCGCACGCUGAGGAUAGUCGACAACGGGAUCAAGCCCGUGUACGUGUUUGACGGGCACCCGCCGCGGAUGAAGAGCGGCGAGCUCGCGAAGCGGUACGUGAGGCGCGAGGAGGCCGUCAAGCAGAUGGAGGACGCGAAGGAGGCCGGCGACGCGGAGAAACUCGACAAGUUCUCGCGGCGGACGGUGAGGGUCACGAAGGAGCAGAACGAGGAGGCAAAGAAGUUGCUCAAGCUGAUGGGUGUGCCCUACGUCGACGCGCCGUGCGAGGCAGAGGCGCAGUGCGCGGCGUUGGCGAAAGCGGGCAAGGUCUUUGCGGCCGCGUCCGAGGACAUGGACACGCUCUGCUUCUCGGCGCCGAUCUUGCUUCGCCAUCUGACGUUCUCCGAGCAACGCAAGAUGCCAAUCACAGAGGUCGAGCUCGCGAAGGCGCUUGAGGGGCUCGAGCUGUCGAUGCCGCAGUUUGUCGAUCUCUGUAUCCUUCUCGGCUGCGACUAUCUCGAACCGAUCAAGGGCGUCGGUCCCGCGACGGCAAUCAAACUUAUCAAGGAGCACAAGGAUCUCAACGGGAUAGUCGAGUUCAUCAAGGCCCAUCCGGAGAGCAGGUACAAGAUCCCCGAGGAGUGGCCGUUCGAGGACGCGCGCGAGCUGUUUCUCAACCCGGAGGUGCAGGAUCCCGAGGGCGUCGAUCUCAAAUGGGAAGAGCCCGACGUCCCGGGCCUGGUCGACUAUCUCGUCAAGCAGAAGGGGUUUAGCGAAGAGCGGGUUCUCGCUGGCGCGGCCCGGCUGAAGAAAAAUUUAAAGACGGCGCAGCAGGGUCGUCUGGAUGGAUUCUUUAAAGUCAUUGGGACCACGUCCUCGACUACAUCCGCAGGCAAGCGCAAGGCCGCCGACGCGAAGGCAGACAAGAGUAAAAAGGCAAAGGCUGGUAAGAAAAAGUAGUCUCUUCCCCUUUUCUACCUAUACAGAUCUUUCUAUCCAUUCUAUACGUCUUUCUUGGGGGUACUUUGAAAAAUCAGUAAUCAUCAAUUCAUUCCAGAAUUACAAUUAAAUCCGCCAUACAUCAUGAGAACCGCAACUAUGA